UCUCUCAUCAUGGGUCAGUUGACACUGUGUUAUGUUCUGCUCCUGCCACUGUGUUUGGGUUUUGACUCUGAAGUGACUCUUGUGAAAACCAUCGGGAGAGAACCAGAUGUUACUCCGAUAUGCACCAAUACAACACUGAGUCCCAUCACACUUCUAGUGUGUAAGAUCAGAACAGAGAUGAGCGGGGGAGAAGAGUGUCGUCUGCUGUAUCGAUAUGGACAGGACUUUGAGAACCAAUGUGACUCCAGAUUCACUCUUAUGAUGGUGAAUCAGACUCUAUUUCUCCACCUGACCAGUUUAACACCAGUGGAUAGUGGGAACCACACCUGUGAGUGUACACAUCCUGAGGGAACAUACAUCCUUCAUCUGAAUAUCACUGUGGAAGAGACUGGGAAGCAACUGCAGAAAACCAUCGGUAGAGAACCAGAUGUUACUCCGAUAUGUUCCAAUACAACACUGAGUCCCAUCGUCUUUAUAGUGUGUAAGAUCAGAACAGAGACGAGCGGCGGAGGAGAGUGUCGUCUGCUGUAUCGAGAUGGAGAGGACUUUAAGAACGAAUGUGACUCCAGAUUCACUCUUAUGAUGGUGAAUCAGACUGUAUUUCUCCACCUGUCUGGUUUGACACCAGUGGAUAGUGGGAACCACACCUGUCAGUGUUCACAUCCUGGUGGAACAGAUUUUCUCCAUCUUAACAUCACUGUGGAAGCAGAUGAAGAUGCAAGCAGUUCUACGGACAUGCCUUUCCUCAAUGCUGUAAUUAUUGGUGUAAUUAUAUUCAUCACGAUAACUGGAGUUAUCCUCGGCUGUAUCCACGGAAGAAAUCACCACAGAAGACGAUCAGAAGCGCUGACAAGUCAUGCAAACACGGAGCCAGAAGACAUUGAGCCGUACAGCACCUACAUACAGAAAGAGAACAAGCUUUACUCAACUGUCCUAUAUAAUUGAAUGUGUUUACCUGAUACAAAGGUAAAGAUGCUUUUGAAGAGUUUUAAUUCUACAAUAUGUACUCCGAUGUGAUUUAUGUAUCCGACUGAAUUGCAAGUAAAGCAGGGUCUGCUGUCCAGGGCACUUUUUUGCAUUUCAUUCUAAAACUGAUCAAGCUCACCUGUUUUCUAUUAAUCUUAUUGUAAAUUUAAUGUUUUAAAAGGAGCACAUUGGGUGCAUUAUACUAUUUAAUUUUAUUACUGUAAAGUAUCCAAUAAAUUUGUUUUUUAAAUAAUGUUGCAACUUGUUUUGGUAUUCUGUUAGUCAAAUACCUGCAAAGCCAUAACAAUUAAAUAUUUCAAUAUAAGUUUUAUUUAAGGGAGUAAUAUGUAAUACUGACAGGUAGAGUUUAAAAUGGUGCACUGUAGUCCAUAUUUAGAAUAAUGGAGACCGUUGCUCCCCCCGGCCCCUUGUACCCCAGGCUCGACGAACACUAA